UGCAGCCUAGAGUGGGUUUCUCUUUCUCCACCCCUCCCCUCUCAUGCUGUGGAGUUGAGGGUUGACCAAUUGCCAGCAGCUGUUGCUCAUUUCACAAUGGUCCCUCCCAUACAGUGCUGAGGCUGGCAGUGCAGUAGCUCCACACUAGAUGAGAAGCAGAGCUCCUAACUUAGAGGACUACAUGACCAUGCGAGAAACACUGAGACUACAGAAAACAGAGGAUUUUCUACUGUUUUGCUGAGAGAAGCCCAGAGUGGAUCCUAUUGUGAGCUAAUUAAAUCCAUCAACCUCCAACUCCUGGUUCAAAAAUCCUGAACACAGGACAUUAGCCUCCUCCGCCUCCAUCCUCCAGGAGAGGAGGGCACGGCACACGCACACACAGACCUCCGGCUGAGGAUACACACUAACUGACGGGAAUGGUGCGCUCGAGGAAGCUGGUGCUUGGAUUUGGCACCGCUCUCUGCUUGCUUGGCAUCUACGUCCUGUGUUUUAACCAGGAGACACCUCUAUCCAGCUCCAAAGUGCCUAUGAAAACUUUCUAUCACUUAACACACAAACAUAACAGCGAUUUACCAGAUUCUGAGGACCUUCUUGACCAAGAGGAAAUCAACGACCAGUCGAAUACUUUCUCUACCUUAGACUCAAAGCUAUCGGUUGAACCAGAACCAAAAGAGGACAGCAUUGUCCCCAAUGUCCCAGAUGUCCCUAAAGUCCCGGAUUCCUCAGAUGUCCCAAAGUCCAGUUCUAAGUCUGAUGGCGUAGGUAAAACCAGGACCAGCACCAAAGGCCCCCCACUGCCCCAACCAAACGCAGAUGGACCGACGGAGCCCUCCUACAUCGGAGACACCUACAUGAGUGAAAUCCUCCCACCACAAACAAACUGCACGGAUGGUAUCCAAAGACGAGUCGCCGAAACAGAAUUUGGUCGUCGGUUUCUGAAAUACAUUCCAGUCGUGCAGUGGCACCAACACGUCACUCCAGAACGAUACCAGCGCUUGAGCAAGUAUCCAGGAACACAUGGCUGGGGGGGGAUCGAUUACAAGACGUUGGUGGAAACCAUGUCCUUUCUCAACUCUUCUGCUAAUCAGCAGAUGUUGGAUGACUGGAAGGAUCGCAGAAUUAAAUCAGAGUGUAUCCGCUGUGCUGUGGUGGGGAAUGGUGGGAUAUUGAAGGGUUCAAAUAAAGGGAAGGAGAUCGACAGUCACCACUAUGUCUUCAGGACCAAUGGGGCAAUCAUUAAGGGCUUUGAGCAGGACGUGGGUUCUCGGACCACCCACUACACGUUCUCGACCAACACACUGAUGAACUCCAUGAGGACCUACUCUGGUGCUGGGUAUAAAAGCCCCCCUAAGUCUGAUGAAACCCGAUACAUUUUCCUGCCGGAUCAUGACCGCGAUUACCUGUUGAUGAAGGCUGCGGCGACACACACAAAAGUAGAGAGAGGGCGUGAGAAGAACAAAGAUCCAUUGAUGUACUUUGGAGAGGAUGUGUCAGCAAAAAAGCUGAAGAUUUACCACCCUGAUUUUGUCCGUUACCUCAGAAACAGAUUCCUUCGAUCUCAUACCAUGCAAACCAAAUUUAUGAACAUUUACCGUCCGUCAACGGGUGCUGUAAUGCUGUUGGCUGCUCUGCACACCUGCGACCAGGUGAGUGCAUACGGCUUCAUGACCCCGGACUUUAAGAAGUACUCUGACCACUACUUCGACAACGUCUACCACCCGGUGGGCUUCUUCGUCAACCACGACUUCCGUAUGGAACUGUCCUUAUGGCAACAGCUGCACAAAGCGGGCCUCAUUAAACUCUACAUGGGUUAGUGGAUUCAAUGACUUGAAAUCACAUGAUCAUGCCUGCAUUCUGCAGCAUUGGGAAACAGGAAGUCCCACCUACCUGUGCUCUAAAUGACUUAUUCAAGACUCUCUGAACUGAGCUGAAAGAUUUAUUUUUAUGAAGGAAAAAGUGUCUUUUUAAAGUCGAAUGCUGUGAUGGUUCAGCAUGGGGAAUUUGGGAUUUCUUAAUAAUCAUGUUUUUCUUCCAGGACACAUUUUUGGGGUUAAAAUGAAACAGACUUUGGUUAAAAAGAUGUUGUGCAAUGUUGUUAGUCCACUUUCAUUCACACUCAAUGCAAGUUCUGCAAAUGGUGGAUGGAUUAAAGUCAAAUAUGGCACCAAUAUUCAAAGGGGAUGUAAUGACUUUGGAUUUGGUCUCGUUGUCAGUUCAAAAAUGUUAUUUGUGCAAUACUUUAUGACAAAGCAAGAGACUAACCCAUUUACCUCAAAACACUGUCACUCAUAUUUUUCCGACCGUGUUUACAAUCAAUUAUUUAUGUCAUCCUCUUAGUUUUAAUCCUAGUCAGGGAUAUCAAUAAAAUAAAAUAAACAUAAUAUAUGAUUCAUUAGAGUAAUUUAAAAUAAGCUAUAUAUAUUCAGUUGAAGCAGAUUUACUCACCACUGACAAUGAGCAUAAGUAGCAUAGAUAGACUCUUUACACUGUGUCAAUACAAGAAUAGCAGUUAUCAAACAAGAAAUGAUCAAAAUGAUCGCAACCCAGGUUCAAUAUUUUGAGGAAAAUUAUUGCAUGUCAUUACCAGGACAGCAAACACGCAUUAAUCCAAAACACAGGUUCAGGUCUGUCAGAGGGUGUUGAAUAUAUUUUGCCUUGUUAGCAGAUAACAUGAAAUAUCAUCCAAGCAAUGACCGUACACAUUGUUUUAAUAGAUUUCCUUUUUUUUCCAAAAUUAUUUUGGUACUUAUUCUAUUUCAAACUUAAUUUCUUUAAUGAAUGUUACGGUAUCUCAUAUCUAGUAGCAUUGCUGUGGAUGACAUUUUUGCAUACAACAGCAUUUCAAAGUUUACAAAUUUGUUACGAGCUGCAACAAACUUUAAAUAUUGAUGAAAUGUUGUUAAAACACAAUUUGCCCACCACCAAAAUUGAGCAAAACGAUGUUUACUAGGCUGAGUUUAGAGCGUGUCAUACAAUCAGUCUCUGGCUGAGUUGAAGUGGUUUCUAACACUGUGUAAUGCAGUGCAGGGAGAAGGGACAGGACUGCAAUUGAGUUGGCCACUUUAAAAUAUCCUGCCUCCCUGCUAUAAAUAGACGGUCAGAGCACUGCUGGCAGUGGCCAAGGUCUAUGCUGACAUUAGCUCAGAGGAUGAUCUCUCUCUGGGUCUGUGUGUGGGGUUUACUGUGGAAGGACACACUGACAGCCUAUAGCUCACUGGGACACAUGUUUGAACCUGUGUAUUUACUUAAAGGGACUUUAUUUAUUUUCUAUUGUUCUUUCCUUUUUUUAAGCACAGACAUGUACUUUCUUUUUUCACACUGUCAUGACAAGAAAACUGUAAGUUCUGAGUGCCUUUUCUUUGAAUGUGAACCAGCAGUUUGGGUUUAGCAUUGAGGUGGACAUUUCUAAGGUGAUUUAGGACGUUUCCACCACAACACAAACAGUACCGAUGGCAAUUUCAUUCAGUUUGGAUGUUUUGUGACGGUCGCCAUGGACUCCUUUGUGUUUACUGCUUGAUCAGCCACCACACCUCUACUGUAAGCCAUGGAAAUAAAGGGCAAAGUCCACCUCUAACCCAACGAAGGCAUUGCACCCUUAAAUUAGGAAAAGAAACCAAAGACAUCAGCAAAUCAGGGAAUGUGUGUAUAUCUUUAUGUAAUAUUGAAUCUCAACAUAUCCAGAUAAAGUGAGCCAGUCAUUUGAUACUGGAUUUUAUUUUCACAACAGGGGGAGAGAGAGACCUUUUUAAUUGUGCAAUUUCUGACUCUUGAGUUUGACUUUUUUUACUCUGUAUUAAAUCAAACUGUGAUUGUCA